GGGUUAAGCCGACGCGCUUGAGGCGCGGAGGGAUCCGGAGGCGAGCGGAGCUCGGUGCUGAGGCCGCUUCAGCGAAAAAAAAAUGUCCGCCUGAGGAGACCCACAAGUUCUAUCGGGGGGACAGCCAGCCCGCCCGGGGAGCCACGGGCGGCCAAGCCCGAGAGCCGCCCGAGCCGCUCGGACUCAAGCGCUCGCGCGGGCCGGAGGCAGCCCAGCCGCCGGCGGCGCGUGGGGAGGGGGAAGCCCGAGCCCGCGCUCCCGGCCAAAGUGAACUUUAAUCGGGAAGGUUGGAUGCGGAGCCCGGGCGGCAGGACCUGCUAGAAGUAGCUGAAGAUGAAUCCCCAGCAGCAGCGCAUGGCCGCGAUAGGGACCGACAAGGAGCUGAGCGACCUGCUGGACUUCAGUGCGAUGUUUUCUCCACCUGUUAAUAGUGGGAAAACGAGACCAACGACACUGGGAAGUAGUCAGUUCAGCGGGUCAGGUAUGGAUGAGCGUGGAGGAACAACGUCUUGGGGAACAAGCGGUCAACCAAGCCCCUCCUAUGAUUCAUCUAGAGGUUUUACAGACAGCCCUCAUUACAGUGAUCACUUGAAUGACAGUCGAUUAGGAACCCAUGAAGGCUUGUCCCCAACACCUUUCAUGAACUCAAAUCUGAUAGGGAAAACCUCAGAGAGAGGCUCAUUUUCCCUGUACAGCAGAGACUCUGGAUUAUCAGGCUGUCAGUCUAGUCUCCUGAGACAAGAUCUAGGACUCGGGAGCCCAGCACAGUUGUCUUCUUCAGGAAAACCUGGAACACCAUACUACUCAUUCUCUGCCACAAGUUCUAGAAGAAGACCGCUCCAUGAUUCUGUAGCUCUAGAUCCUUUACAAGCAAAGAAAGUAAGAAAGGUGCCUCCUGGCCUACCUUCUUCUGUGUAUGCACCAUCCCCAAAUUCUGACGAUUUCAACCGUGAAUCUCCUAGUUACCCAUCUCCCAAGCCACCAACCAGUAUGUUCGCUAGCACUUUCUUUAUGCAAGAUGGCACCCACAGUUCUUCUGACCUUUGGAGUUCAUCGAAUGGGAUGAGCCAGCCUGGUUUUGGUGGAAUUCUGGGGACCUCCACUUCCCACAUGUCUCAGUCCAGUAGUUAUGGCAGCCUUCAUUCACAUGACCGCUUGAGUUAUCCUCCACACUCAGUGUCACCAACAGACAUAAACACAAGUCUUCCGCCAAUGUCCAGCUUCCACCGUGGUAGUACCAGCAGCUCGCCAUAUGUUGCCGCCUCACAUACUCCUCCCAUCAAUGGAUCCGAUAGCAUCCUGGGAACCCGAGGGAAUGCUGCUGGAAGCUCACAGACGGGUGAUGCACUUGGGAAGGCCUUGGCAUCUAUUUAUUCUCCUGACCACACAAGCAGUAGUUUUCCAUCAAACCCAUCAACACCAGUAGGAUCUCCUUCACCUCUCACAGGUACCAGUCAGUGGCCCAGAGCUGGAGGGCAAGCUCCUUCAUCCCCAAGCUAUGAAAACUCACUUCACUCCCUGAAAAAUCGAGUUGAGCAGCAACUUCACGAGCAUUUGCAAGAUGCAAUGUCCUUCUUAAAGGAUGUCUGUGAGCAGUCUCGAAUGGAAGACCGUUUAGACAGGCUGGAUGAUGCUAUCCAUGUGCUACGGAACCAUGCAGUUGGACCUUCUACCAGUCUGCCUACUAGCCACAGUGAUAUACACAGUUUAUUGGGACCAUCCCAUAAUGCACCAAUUGGAAACCUCAAUUCAAACUAUGGAGGAUCAAGCCUUGUUACAAAUAGUCGAUCAGCUUCGAUGGUCGGAACUCAUCGGGAAGAUUCGGUCAGUCUCAAUGGCAAUCAUUCGGUCCUGUCUAGUACUGUUGCUGCCUCAAACACAGAACUGAACCAUAAAACACCAGAAAGUUUCAGAGGUGGUGUACAAAGUCAGUCUGGAAGUGUUGUUCCAACGGAAAUCAAGACUGAAAACAAAGAAAAAGAUGAGAACCUUCAUGAACCUCCUUCAUCAGAUGACAUGAAAUCAGAUGAUGAGUCCUCCCAGAAAGACAUCAAAGUCUCGUCGAGAGGCAGAACGAGCAGUACCAAUGAAGAUGAGGAUCUGAAUCCAGAACAGAAAAUCGAAAGGGAGAAGGAAAGGCGGAUGGCUAACAAUGCCAGAGAGCGCCUGCGUGUGCGGGAUAUCAAUGAGGCAUUCAAGGAGCUCGGCCGAAUGUGUCAGCUUCAUUUGAAGAGUGAGAAACCACAGACAAAACUUCUCAUUCUUCAUCAAGCCGUGGCAGUCAUCCUUAGUCUAGAACAGCAAGUCAGAGAGAGGAACCUCAACCCCAAAGCAGCCUGCCUUAAGAGAAGAGAAGAAGAAAAGGUCUCUGCUGCGUCAGCAGAGCCACCCACCACGUUGCCAGGAACCCAUCCUGGGCUUAGUGAGACUACCAACCCUAUGGGUCAUCUGUAAACAUCAGCCAGUUCCAGAGUCAUCAGUAGGCUAGAUAGAAGGUGACCUCUCCUCAUAAAGAUUUGGACAACUCAGAUUAUCUGAAGACACAAACCUGGCAGGAGGGAGAAGAAAAAGCAAAACACUUGAAACAAGAAACUCAUAUGUAAUCCUAUGAUCAAAGCAACUGGUCAACACUUCCAUCAGAAGUGAGGAUAGGAAGCUCAUCAGAGAACGUCGGCCCGUGAGGUGUUUGCAGCGUAUCAUUCUGCUGUAAGCAAUGUGUCGCUUCUGCACAAUCAGAGACUGUCUCAUCUCUCCACUCAACGUGGAAGUUGCCUUGUGCCUAAACUGAAUUGACAAAUGCAUUGUAACUACAAAUUUUAUUUAUUGAUAUGGAACUGUGAGGUCUACAUAUAAAGGGAAAAGUUCAUGUGGGAAGCUGAUGUACACUCAGCUGAUGCCAGCAUUGUUAAAGCUGUUCACAGAGCAGUGGCAACCAUUGGCCCUUAGCAUUCCCGGCAUACCUGUUAGUGUCUUAAAAAGGAAGGGAGUCCUUUGUUGCCCUCUCCGACCUUCGCCAUAUGAAUAGUGUUUUCCAUGAAAUAGGAAAAUAUUACUUGGUAUAGCAUUUCUCUCUUGUUUUUUUUCACUCAUUUUUAUUUUCUCUUUGUGGGUGUUAUAUUUGAUCUGAGUCUGCAUAGUUUAUGGUCACAGUACAGAACCCUCCUUACAGCCCUGUGUGCUUUGUUCAUGUCCCUGAAGUGAUAAGCAGGCACCAUCUGUGACCAUAGCCUAGCUAAGAUUUUUGAAAGGGGAAGUUUUUGUUCCCUGGAUUUGCCCCCAAAUAAACAUUGCUUUAUUUCUAAUAAUCACUAAGACUUUUCAGGCUUCUAGGUUUCAUAGUAAAGCUAUAAUAGCAAGAAGUGUAACUUACAAAGGAGAGUCUACUUUUUAGGAAUUGCUUUGUUCCGAGCAGUAAGUACUACACAAUAUAGUACUUGUAAAGUGUUAGCUGUUAAGUAAGCACAAAAUGCAUUCAAUACAAUACAAAGAUGACUUUUCGUGGUGAGCGUAAGAAAACCCGGUAGUCACCGGGACAGGCAGUGUGAUGAGUGCACUCAACCACUCUGAGGCUAAUUACCUAUGGAAUCCAAGAGCAAUGGUCACAUUUCCUUAUCCUAGCUUUACUUCUCUGUCCUUUGAGUGGCUGGUCAGUGGGGGCUAGGGUAGGGGGGUGACUUAAUCACCUACAACCACCUGCCCCCGCCCCAAGAAGAGCCAGAUUAGCACCGAGCUGUCCCUAUCAGUCCAUCUUAGCAUUGUGCAUUAGGGCACCCUCCGUCUCUCUCUAAUCCUUUACAGUUGUUUUUAAGACACAGUAAUCACUUUAAACUUCCAUGAAAUCUGUCUUCCACCACAGCAGCCCUGGGAGAGGAAAACAUGCUGAGCACAAUGGUCUUGGCUAAGUUACUCCUUAGAGCCAACAUCAGUGGCAAUCUGCACACAGAAGAAAAAUCCCAGACCAUUCUGUAACUUACAGACACCAGAGAAUUUGAAAGAACAAAAACCAUUAAGACAGCACUUCAGAUCCUCAUCAGGACUAUUUCUAACAAGUCAGUUUUUGGUGAACGUAGUGGACUUAAUCUGUAUAUGUUCUCCAGUUACAUCAGACUUUCUCUGUGGCCUUGUUCUUCAUUUCAGUGUUAAUCAGCUAAAACAGAAUUGUUGCUAUGACGUGGGAGUGAACAUAAGCCACUGCCUGGCCUUUUUUUUCUUCAGAGCUUGUUGUCUUUUUCGCUAUGUUAGACUUUGCAGAAUGCCCAGAAGCUUUCCUUCAUAAAAUAGAAAGAAAAAAACAUUUGGCUUAUUUUUCACUGUAGCUAGUCUUUUAUACAAUAAUCUUGUAAGAAAAUUUCUUGAAUUCUAAAUAUUACUCUUUCUAGAUUUUUGAAAUCAAAAGUUUUCAGUAAAAAGUUUCUUACUUUAUUUUAUUAUAUUAGGUAGUUAAAGAAAAUGUAGGGUUAUUUACCAUAACCUGUUCAUUAAUAUCAGAAAUUUACAAUAGCAUUUUAAGAGCAUAGUAGGUUCUAGCAUACCGUGUAGUUCCUAUGGAGUAUUGUGAGAGCGAAUUGUUGGAGAUGGGCUGCUUUUCAUCUCGUUCUCCAGUUUCCAUUGUUGGUUUAUUGCAGAUUUGUAUCCUGUGUCAAAUUCAAGGUAUUAUUGAUAAACCUUUUCAACCAGCAGCAAGAAGUUCAAAUUUUUUUUUUCUGUCGCUGUAACAGAAAACACAGUUAUGUAUAUAACAUUUAUGUAGCAAUAAAUGUGCCAUCCUUUUUUUAACAUAG